AGGGUUUUCGUGUUCCAGGAUCCCAAGCAUCAGUUCGCCGGCGAACGGUUCCUCAUUUUUCACGACUCUUGCAAAGCAUCGAUUCUAUUGACCGACCCGUCACGAUCUCAAGAUGCGCUUCUUCGCUACCCUCUCUUUUGCUGUGGUCCUCUCGGGGUUGGUCACCGCUCGCCCUUCAGUUGGGCCCAGCCGUCUCCCCAAGGAAUCGCUGAUCGCCGCCCCGCGUGCAUUGAGCGGAGGUGACAUCGCAGAGCUCCAGAACGAUCCCCUGCAGGUGCUGAAGGAUAUCUUCGGUAUCGACAAGCGAGCCCUGAGCGGAGGUGAUAUCGCGGAGCUGGAAAAUGACCCGCUGCAGGUCUUGAAGGACAUCUUCGGUAUCGACAAGCGAGCCCUGAGCGGAGGUGAUAUCGCGGAGCUGGAAAAUGACCCGCUGCAGGUCUUGAAGGACAUCUUCGGUAUCGACAAACGCGCCCUCAGUGGAGGAGAUAUCGCCGAGCUGCAGAACCAUCCGCUGGACGUGCUGAAGGAAAUCUUUGGCUUUGACAAGCGCGCACUCAGUGGAGGCGACAUCGCGCAGUUGGAGAAUGACCCCCUGGGCGUGUUGAAGGAGAUUUUGGGUCUUUAGAUCAGUUGCUUUGUCUGGUGAAGAUGAUGACAAUAGUUCUACGGCAAUGCAUAUAUGCUUUGUCAAGACCGAGAGAGACGGGUAUGU